CCUAGAUGCUGAGAGAGGUAACAGCCAGCAAACUGACCGUUCUUCACUAGCUGUACAAAUACAGGAUACAAAAGCUAACACUACAGACAUGGUCACUCUGAGUAGGAGGACACUGAAAGUGGCAUUCAUGGUUAUCCUCGUCAUUAUUCUCGUCCUCCUCGGCGGAGUCAUUAUCACUGGAUAUAGAUUAAAUGAAGUGACCGAUCAGCUUAACACAGGUGUUUGUAAGGAGUUUCCAGAUCUGUCGAGAAAGGAGGGCAUUGUUCCAGAGGAAGUGUGGAGUUGGAUCGUAGCAGCUAAAGCUGAUAUGACUCUUAACCCUCAUUCGGCUCACUAUCUUCUCGAAGUGAGCAGCGAUGGUAAAAGUCUCUACCAAGCGUCUUUAGAGAGUCCUCCCAGAGUCCCGACGAUUGAGACAUACCUACUGUGUAUCUGUGUUUCAUCUAAGAACCAGCUGAACUCCAGGGUUUACUUUGAGCUGAUGGUGACACAGCGUGUUCCGUGGACUCUGGGGCUGCGUACCGAGUCUUUCAAUGCAGACAGAAGCCCUGAUACAGAUCCUGAUGCUGGCAUCUGGACGAUUGCCUCAGCAGAGGGUAAAAUAAUAAUCAAUGAUGGUAAUGCCAGUCCCACACUGCACGUCACACCGGCUAUGCUUGGACUGUAUUUAGACUACGCAAGAGGUCAAGUGUCCUUCUACGAUUCAGUGGCUAAACGUCACAUACACACUUAUCUUACCACCUUUAAUGAAAAACUUCGUUUCUAUGCAGCUGUUCACGUUGAUAUGCAGGAGAACCACGGCAUGCUUAUUUCAUUUGUUUAAGUCCUU